AUGGCGGAGACCGAGCCGAGCUUGGGGGCCCCCCGGAGUCCCUCAGCGGCGUCGCUGGAGAAACGCGAGGAGGAAGCGGGCCCGAGCUCAGACCCGGAGCGUAACUCCGCGGGCCCCUCCAUUCUAGAGGCCUCACCGCCUUCCCUGGAGCCCGCCGUCAAGGAAGCGAGUCCUCCGCCCCCCGCGGCCCUGGAGCUGCCCCUGGGCUCUGCGCCUCAGGCCGAGGCCGCUCCGCGCUCCCCGCCGGGCCCCGGCGGCUCCCGGCCCGGGCCCGAGACGUUCCGCCAGCGCUUCCGGCAGUUCCGCUACCAGGACGCGGCGGGGCCCCGCGAGGCGUUCCGCCAGCUGCGGGAGCUGUCCCGCCAGUGGCUGCGGCCCGACAUCCGCACCAAGGAGCAGAUAGUGCAGAUGCUGGUGCAGGAGCAGCUGCUCGCCAUCCUGCCCGAGGCGGCGCGGGCCCGGCGGCUGCGUCGUCGCGCCGAUGUGCGCAUCACCGGCUGAGCGGCGGGGCUGCGGUCCCAGGGCGUGGCGGGUGGGGCGUGGGGCGGCGAGAACCUGCUCCCCACUCUGUGAAUGAAAUAGAGUUUGGCAGCUCCCGUG